AUGAUGCGCCAACUUCUCUUCCAAGCCAGCAGGCAGAGGACAUUGGUCAUUUCUGUCGGCACCGCCUUUGUUUUGAUUUCUUUGUUGCUCGUUUCCCACAGCCAUGGACCCUUGAUCAUUGAUCGAGUCUACACUCGCGUCUACUCCGAAUACUCGUCACCACUUCCCGCCGUCGAAGACUUUUCCCAAUUGGUGUCAGCCCUCUGGAAGCCCUACAGACACCCCCUCGACAGCCUCAACUACACGACCGACUCGGGCAAAUACUACGAGAUCGCGAACGGCUCCCAGCUCUGGCAGAAGCCGCUCGGCAAGGACGUCCUGAUUCUCGAUGUCGAUACGCCCCAAAUCCAUGGCUACGACUACAAAUUCGUCAAGGCGCCCAUCUACCCCGACCGUCACCAGACCUGGGUCAAGGUCCCGAUGAUCCGCGAGGAGCUCAAGACGCACAAGUUUGUCGUCUUCCUCGAUGCCGAUGCCAUCUUCGUCCAGCCGCAGCUACCCAUCGAGUUCCUCCUCGGCCUCUGGAACAUCACCGACGGCACCCUCGUUGCCAUGGCCGAGGAUCCUAACUCGCCUGUAAACCGCGACGAGAAGGGCUGGGUCUGGGACGAGUGCCCCACGGGCGAGCGCUUCCCCGGCUGCGAGAAGUGGGCCAAGGAGUGGGCGCACGAGCAGGCCGCCUUUGGCAACUACAUCCGCUACGCCUACAACACAACUGACGACCUGCGCGUCAUUCCCUGCGGCGACGGCAACGGCGCCGCCUACCUCGGCGACAAGAAGUGCCUCGGUGCUUUUGUCAGCCACUUUUGGGGCCACAAGGGCGUCACUGUCGAGUACCUCCACAAAAUGGUCGCCCAGGGUCUCAUGCGCAACACCAAGGACAACCACCACGACGCCGUCUUCAACGCCUUUGUUCACCCGCUGCAGGGCAAUAUGGACAAGCAGUUGAAGGAUAUACUGGCCGACUUGAGCGACAUUGAGACAUGA